CAACACAACACAACACAACACAACACAACACAGCCCAUCCUGUUCCACCACUGCUGUCCAUCAUGUUGCAAUGCUCCUCUUCAAGAGCGCUGAGGCGCGCAUUUCCAAAGGGGCCAAUAUUCCCUAGCAUUAUCUCUCCUUCUUUUCGGUCCAGAGGCCUAGCAACGGUCGUGGAACCUAUUCAGAAGGUAUGUUCUCCAAUAGACCUCAGAAUUUCGCGCAGUGCUCAUUGAAGAUAGGAUCCAGCAGAGCUUGACCAGAUAACCACUCUAUCAAAUGGCAUCCGAGUUGCGACAGAAGCCCUGCCCGGGCACUUCUCCGGGGUCGGCGUAUUUAUUGAUGCAGGAUCUCGAUAUGAAAACGAAUACCUCAGAGGCGUAAGCCAUAUUAUGGACCGGCUUGCAUUCAAAUCUACGAAGAAUCGAACAAGUGAUGAGAUGCUGGAGUCGCUGGAGACCUUGGGUGGAAAUAUACACUGCGCAUCCUCGAGGGAAUCCCUCAUGUACCAAUCCGCAACCUUCAACUCCGCCGUACCAACCACACUUGCUCUUUUGGCGGAGACCAUUCGAGAUCCUUUGAUUACAGAGGAAGAAGUCUCGCAACAACUAGAAACUGCUGCAUACGAAAUUGGAGAAAUCUGGUCGAAGCCAGAGUUGAUCUUGCCGGAAUUGGUCCACAUAGCCGCAUUUAAGGACAACACAUUGGGCAACCCAUUAUUAUGUCCCCAGGAUAGACUAUCUCUGAUCAACAAAAGCGUCGUGGAGGCAUACAGAUCGACAUUCUUCAAACCGGAGCGAAUGGUAGUAGCAUUUGCAGGAGUUCAACAUGAUGAAGCCCUGAGACUGACGGAGCAAUACUUUGGAGAUAUGCCAGCGUCAGAAAUACCCGUCACAUCGCCAACCGGAUCCGAGACCUCCUUCGAAUCCGCCGCGAGCGACAGUGACGGCUCUUCAUUGUCUGGAUCCUCGUCACCCCCCUCUCCAACACAGCAUCCAUCGAAACUCCUAUCACGAAUUCCUUUCUUUAAAAACCUUUCCACCACAGCAACAAAUAAUGCAUCUGUGCAAUCAAUAUCAGAUCUGGCGCCGACGCCCAGCGAUAUCAUACAACCAUCUAAAUAUACAGGAGGCUUCUUGUCCCUACCAUCUCUCCCCCCACCAAUCAAUGCUUCCCUGCCGCCCCUCACACAUAUCCACCUCGCAUUUGAGGCACUCCCAAUAUCAUCCGACGACAUUUAUGCUCUCGCCACGCUUCAAACACUCCUUGGUGGAGGAGGAUCAUUCUCAGCAGGAGGUCCAGGUAAAGGCAUGUACUCGCGACUCUACACCAAUGUUCUGAACCAGCACGGCUGGGUCGAAUCAUGUGUCGCCUUCAACCACUCCUACACAGAUUCCGGACUCUUCGGCAUCUCCUCAAGCUGUUCUCCCGGAAACGUUGUCAACAUGCUCGAUGUCAUGUGCCGUGAACUCCAAGCUCUGACUCUCGACAAGGGCUACGCAUCUUUACAAACCGCUGAAGUAAACAGAGCGAAGAACCAAUUACGAUCAAGCCUUCUCAUGAAUCUGGAAAGCAGGAUGGUAGAGCUUGAGGACCUGGGCCGACAGGUGCAAGUUCACGGGCGUAAGGUUGGCGUGAGGGAGAUGUGUAAGAAAAUCGAUGAGUUGACAGUCAAUGAUUUGAGGCGAGUGGCGAGGAUAGUAGUCCGUGGAUUGGUCCAGAAUCCAGGGCAGGGAAGCGGUGCACCGACCGUGGUUUUACAGGAAGGUGAAGAGGAGGGUAUUACUCGCAAGCCUUUCCAGUGGGCUGAGAUCCAGGACAGAAUCCAUCGAUGGCAGCUGGGCAGGAGAUAAUGAGGCGCUUGGAUGCUUCUGGGAUAGACGUAAGGUUGUGUCAUGUAUGGAUAAUCUUGUAUGAUAAUGUACAGCCCCAUUUCAAAGGGAAACCCGUGUACAACAGAAGAAAAGUAUUUGAGAGGGGUUGUAGAUAUUGAAAGCACUACAGUUCUCAGCACAUUUCAAGAUCCAGCAAGCCCCAUCAAUCAACGUUACGGAACUCUCACCAGGACGAGGCUCGAACCGCAGUGGAAACAAGCCAGGUAACCCCUGAUAUCAAUAAGGAAUUCGUUCCUCACCCCCAACGCCCAGAUCAUUUCCUGAUGAUGGCCACUCCAUACAUUACUACCAGCCCGCUCAUAUUACCACCUCUUAGACUGUCAAAUCCUCCAAACCCUCCACCAAACACCUCUGUUUCUCCUUGGCCUUGCCGUCUCCCGUUCCCUUGUCCCUCUACAACUCAUCCCCUGCCCUCGACCACACCCACCCGUCAAUCGAUGCAUAACUUCUCUCUCUCCCUCGCUACCUCUCCCACCAUCUCUCUCAGCAUAUCCAUACACUUCAUCAUUAUCAUCAUCGAACCCAAACUCAAACCCAUACCCAUCUUCACCCUCAUCGUCCUCAAAUGAUCCCAGCCUCCCAAGACAUACUUUCUCGUCUCCUAUCUCUGGCACCAUGACCAUCACCGUCGCCUCUCCCAAUCCUACCCCUUCCCUCCCAACCCUCAGCUCUCUCCCUUCUCUCAACCCUCCUCCUCCUCUUCCUCGUCCACGGCGGCAAGAUAACACCAUGAACAAACCACCUUCUCCCGCUUCUGGCGGGCCUCGGAGUCGGACUUGGAGAUAGACUCGG